CAACGACAGCUGCGUCGCUGUCAGUUCAACAACACAUCAUCAUGGCGGCAGAACAAAGGAAGCUGCUUGAGCAGCUCAUGGGCGCCUCGUCCUCGACACGCUCCGCCCAACUCUCCAUCACCGACCCCAAAAUCUGCCGCUCGUACCUCGUCGGCACCUGCCCUCACGACCUCUUCACAAACACCAAGCAGGACCUCGGACCCUGCCCAAAAGUGCACUCCGAACCACUGAAAGAAGAAUACCUCGCCACGCCAUCAAAGUACUCCUUCGAGUUCGACUACCUGCGCGACCUCCAGAAGUACAUCGACGACUGCAACCGGCGCAUCGACACUGCCCAGCGGCGCCUCGAGAAGACCCCCGACGAGAUCCGCCAAACCAACGCCCUGCUCAAGCAGAUCUCCGACCUCGCAGCCUCCAUCCAGACCGGCCUGCUCGAGAUCGAAGUCCUCGGCAGCUCGGGCCUCGUGUCGCGCGCCCUCGACGAGCAUGUGCGUAUUCGCGCGGCGCUGCUGACCAAGUCGGAGCAUGAGGCGAAGCUGAAGGCGUUAUCGGAUACGUCAGGGCCCAGCGGACACCAGAAGUUGCAAGUCUGUGAUGUGUGUGGCGCGUACCUGUCGAGGCUGGAUAAUGACAGGAGAUUGGCGGAUCACUUUUACGGAAAGAUGCAUUUGGGGUAUGCGCAGAUGCGGAGGGAGGCGGAGAAGUUACAGAAGGAGCUUAAGGGACGUCAACCGCCACCGAGAGCUGAAGAUGAUAGGGAUAAGGGGUAUGGAGGCGGGUAUGAUGACGGGGGAUGGGGAGGCAGAGGCGGCGGAUUUGGAGGGAGGGGCGGUGGACGAGGCGGAGGUUUCAGAGGUGGGAGGGGGAGGGGAGGGUUUGGUAGAGGAGGAUGGUGAUUUACAUGGAGCAGCGAAUCGGCGAAAUAUUAGGCGUACACUGACUUGGGGCGGCGUUGAGGAAAGGAUUUCAAGAAUUGCAAGUUAUGAUGGGCACAGAGGACUUUGGUUAAUGAACCGAUCAAGUGUAUUAUUAAACGGGAUAGUCACGUUGUUACCGAAAGCUGCUUCUUUCGUCUCUUUGUUUCUCACCCAUUCAUUGCAGGUGAACCUAGACUAUCCGAAGGCAACACGAAUCUAUUACAAGA